AUGGCUUACUUGGCGACAGCUACGUAUCUAGCUUUGUCGCUAGUUGCUCUGGAUAGUAUACCUGCUAUCCAGAGUAUCGCCUAUCGCAUUGGCCGCAAAGGGGAGUAUGAGCCAUCCCAACUAGCCAAAGAUGCCUACUGCGAUCAAGAUGGAGAAGCGACUGAGGAAUCCCUCCGAGCCUUCUCUGAUAAAUGGCAAAGAAUCGCCAUCGCGCUGUUCUCCAUCUCCGGCUUUCUGGUGACCCUUGCAUUGGCUGUUCGCGCGACAUUGAGAUUUAACAUUGCCAACUCCAUGUUGAUAUGGCUACAGUUUGGAGUCUGGAUUCUGCUCGCUAUUCAAGCUAUUGCGUUCUUCACCGAGCCCCGACCGACAAGCCGAUAUGUUCUCGGCCACUUCGCUUUCUGGGGGAGUUUAUUUACCAUUGCGGUUCCAGGUAUCGAAUUGGGAGUUCUGAUAUUCUCUCAACUCGGCAUGCCCCAUGGACGAGUUUGGAUCGGUCUGCAGUUGGCCCAAAUUGCUAGCGCUGCUCUUCGUGCCAUAUUCUGUGUUAUGCUACCGCGCCGUCCAGAUAUUUACCAUGAAGACAAACUGGUUGAACAGGAGCUUUCGGUCUCUCUACUCAGCCGCUUCACUUUUAGCUGGGCCAAUCACUUGCUAAACCAAGCAGUGAAGCACAAGACCAUGGAACUCGAUGAUAUACCCAAGCUUACAGCAUCGAAUCGUGCUGAUGUGCUUCGUGAGAAAUUCGAAAUUGCCAGAAAGGGCCGCAAAUUAUGGCGAGCGAUUAUCUCUGCGCAUUUGUGGCCACUGAUCACCCAGACCACACUUAGUCUAGUGAUUUGCUUCCUGGGCUUUGGGCCGCAGGUCGCCCUGUUUAACAUCUUAAAAACACUCGAACUGCGCGAUACCCCAUACUGGAAUCCUGGAGCAUCUUAUAUCUGGGUCCUGGCAUUGGGCGGGUUGUUGUUCCUUUGCUCAAGCGUGGAGGCAUGGCUGUACUGGGUGGUCUACUCGAAACUUGGAGUUCCGACCUACGCAGAGUUGUCAGCGGUCAUAUUUGCCAAGGCCAUGCGUCGGAAGGAUGUGAAGCAUACAAAAAAGUCCAACACGCCAGAUGAACCCAAAACUUCCAGCAAAGCAUCGGAGGCCGACGAAGAUGAUGAGGAUGCAUUGAAGAAAAGCCGUCAGAGUAUUAUCAACCAUGUGGCCGUGGAUGCUCGGCGUGUUUCUGACUUUGCCUCUUUCAACUACAUCAUUCCACAGGCAAUCUUCAGAAUCACGAUUGGUGCCGCCUUUCUGGUCCAAAUCCUCGGCUGGCGCAGUGCCUUUGCAGGUCUUUCGAUCUCUCUUCUUGUGACACCACUGAAUAUAUACGCAGCCAGAAAAUAUUCAAAUGCACAGGACCGAUUGAUGAAAUUCCGUGACCAGAAGCUGGCAAUCGUUACUGAAGUACUGCAGGGAAUCAGGCAGAUCAAAUUCUCGGCUUUGGAGGAGCAAUGGCAGAAGCGUGUCCAGGACACGCGGGAAACUGAACUUGGCGCAUUGUGGGCUGCUUUUGUUGCUGAUAUCGGCCUUCUUGCGAUCUGGGUUCUUGGACCUGUCGGACUAUCCGCCGUUUCGUUGACUACAUACGCCAUUCUUCACGGUACUUUGUCACCUUCUGUGGCAUUCACAGCUAUGGCGAUCUUCAAUUCUCUUGAGAUGGCACUCGCUAUUAUACCAGAGCUCAUGUCGAUGGGUCUGGAGGCGAAGGUUAGCGCAGAUCGUAUCGACGAAUUUUUGGCUACCGCCGAAAAUGUUGUCAAUACUGUCCCCGCUGAUUAUAUCGGUUUUGAAAAUGCCUCUGUUGCGUGGCCUGCGGAGGAAGAAGAUAUCCAAGAGUCCGAGGAUCGUUUCAUUUUACGUGACAUGACUUUGAAAUUCCCGACCAAGAGUCUAAGCGUGAUAUCGGGUAGAACUGGCUCUGGGAAGAGCCUGCUUCUCUCGUCGAUUCUGGGUGAAUGUGAUGUGCUCGCCGGCACGAUCAAGGUACCCAUUCCGCUUCCUAUUAAAGACCGAUUUGAUCACCUUGCGACAAAGGAAAAUUGGAUUAUCGACUCGGCUAUUGCCUAUGUUGCGCAGAUGCCAUGGAUCGAAAAUGCGACAAUCAAAGCGAACAUUCUCUUUGGACUCCCAGACGACGCAGUGCGCUACCAACAGGUCAUUCUUGCUUGCGCUCUGGUAAAAGAUUUCGAGAUGCUGCCAGAUGGCGAUAUGACAGAUAUCGGUGCAAAUGGUGUUAAUCUGAGUGGUGGCCAACGCUGGCGUGUAUCCUUUGCCCGUGCAUUGUACUCCAGGGCUGGCAUACUUAUCAUGGAUGACAUUUUCAGCGCUCUCGAUGCCCACACAGGCCGUCACAUCUUCGAGAACGCUCUCACCGGGGAACUCGGUCGGAAUCGAACUCGCAUUUUGGUCACUCAUCAUGUUGCACUGUGCCUUCCUCGCACGGACUACUCCGUGCUAUUGGAGAAUGGCUGUAUAAAAUACGCAGGCACCAUUGAUGACCUGAAGCAAACACAUCAUCUAGAGGAUAUCCUUCGUGAGGAACAAGCCACAGAACAAGCGGAUCUUGUAGCAGAUGCAGAGAACCGUGAAUUACUCAAUGAUGAGGAGACGACUCUCCAAAAGGUGAUAUCGAAUACAUCCUACCAAAAAGCAAGCACAGCUGGAGGUGGCCAGGCCUCCAACGGAAAUGGAAUUGCUGCUGCAGAACCGACGCCUACACCGAAGAAGUUUGUUGAAGACGAAAAGCGAGAAAUUGGUUCGGUGCGACUAUCGGUUUACCUUGCUUUCUUGGGCAAAGGUGGCUCCGUGGUCUAUUGGUUGGUGACGCUCUGUGUCUAUCUAUUGUUCUCGACCCUCUUGGUUGGACGAUCUUGGUGGAUCAAUAUUUGGACCGGUUCAUCCUCUAAUACUCGGGCCCAUCCCGAGCAAUACCAUGCCCUAUUGCAGCACACCAUGCAACCAACUGCACCGGUCCCACAACAUGAUGAGCUAUUUAUGUACCUUGGAAUUUACGUUGCUAUCUCGAUCACUGCCUGUAUAGCUGGUACACUCCGUUAUUACUGUAUUCUUUCUGCAUCAGUCAGAGCCUCGAGGAACCUGUUUAAUGGCUUGAUUUAUGCUAUCCUCCGGGCGCCACUCCGGUGGCUGGACACUGUCCCAUUGGGGCGAAUUCUAAACCGCUUCACAGCUGACUUCCACUCAAUCGAUUCACGAAUCGGAUACGAUAUUGGGUUCUUCGUAAGCAAGAUCCUCGAUGUUUUGGCAAUCAUGGUUGCGGGCAUGCUUGUCGACUGGACGAUCAUCUUGCUCGCCAUAGUCUUGUUGCUCGUAUGUCUAAAACUAGCCGUCUCCUAUUUGGGAGGUGCCCGUCAAAUCAAACGUCUCGAGAGCACUGCAAAAAGCCCUGUGUUUGAGCAGUUUGGGUCUAGUCUCGCUGGCCUAAUCACCAUUCGUGCCUUCAGCAAACCAGAUACCUACAUCGAUAUCAUGUAUAACAAGAUCAAUCGUCAUGCGCAAGCAUGGUGGACCUUGUGGCUUUUCAACCGCUGGCUCUCAUUCCGUAUGAGCAUCGUUGGCGCUAUCUUCUCAACCGUCACUGCUGGGCUCGUGGUCUAUUUGCCAGGUAUCAGCGCUUCACUUGCGGGUUUCGCUCUCAGUUUUGGGUUGCAGUAUAACGCUGCGAUCACCAUGGCACUGCGGCAAUACGCUAAUAUUGAAUUGAAUAUGAACGCCACAGAGCGUGUCAUCGAGUAUUCUAAUAUUGAGAUCGAGAACCAAGGCGGAGUCGAUGCACCUGCCGCUUGGCCUACAGAGGGUAAUCUCGAAGUCCACGAUCUUGUGGUGGGUUAUGCACCUGAUCUCCCACCAGUAUUGAAAGGGCUCAGCUUCUCGGUGGAGAACAACCAGCGCGUAGGCGUCGUUGGACGCACAGGGGCAGGAAAGUCUUCUUUAACACUUGCACUCUUCCGAUUCCUUGAGGCACGCUCAGGCCAGAUCUUCAUCGACGGAAUCGAUGUGUCCAAGAUCAAACUGCACCACCUCCGCAGCCGACUUGCAAUCAUCCCACAAGACCCAGUGCUCUUCUCUGGCACGGUACGAUCAAACCUAGACCCGUUCGAGGAAUAUAGCGAUACGGAGCUCUACGAUGCGCUAGCACGCGUGCACCUAAUCUCCAAGGCCGAAGACGACGAGCUAACCCUCACAUCGCGGACUGCCACGCCCCGCCAGCCCAGCGAAACGGGUGCCUCGACACCAGCGACUGUCCAGAAGAACAACGCUAACGCUUUCACGUCUCUCUCUGCGACUAUCUCCGAGGGCGGCCUCAACCUCUCGCAAGGUCAGCGCCAGCUCCUCUGUCUCGCCCGUGCUAUCGUCGCGCGGCCCAAGAUUAUGGUACUCGAUGAGGCGACCUCGGCGGUCGAUAUGGAGACCGACGCAUUAAUUCAGCAGUCUAUCCGCGCGGAAUUCGGCCGUAAUGCUACCACGCUGCUAGUCAUUGCGCACCGGCUUAGCACCAUUGCGGAUUUCGAUCGCAUUCUUGUCAUGGAUGCUGGAAAGGCGGCUGAAUUUGGCAGACCUAGGGAUCUUAUGGAGAUUGAAGGAGGUAUCUUCAAGAACCUCGUUGAGAAUAGUGGGGAGAAGGAAGUGUUGGAGAAAAUGAUCUUUGCGUGA